CAAAAUAUUCGUAAUCCAUCCCCUUCCAUCGCAUCCACAUUUAAUUAUAAGACACAUUCAUUCAUAUUCUGUAAUGAAGGAGAUUGCAAAACUUAUUUUUGAACCUGUUAGACGUGUUGUGGUGUGUGUGUGGUCCAAUAAUGCUUGUAAUUGAACUUCUGUAAUCUUAAUGGCUUCAUGGGUUGGAUAGCAUUUCUGUUUAGCCUUCUGCACAUCCACAUAGCUGGGAUAUAAUUUGCAUUUUCUUUCUUUCAUUGAUAGUCUUACAAUAUUGUAUUGGGUUUUAGACAGCUUGACUUGGACCACAACUGACAUGGUUUCCUCUUUUUACUUUGAAAUUCUCGUGGAUACUUUAAUGCCUUUGUUGGGGUGGUUAAUGUAACAUUUUAACCACUUUUGCAGCAUCCGUUUUUCUAUGAGUUCGUAAACUCAUCUGCAUCCCAUACGAUAGUUCUUCCGGUGAAUAUACUUCUCUCAUUUCUUCAGUCCUACGUUUAGUGCGCUCAUUGGAAACAGUGAAACCCACUUUUGAACGACCCGUAGAAACAGUUGACGAUCGAGGACCAAAACUUUUAUAAAACGAUACAUUUUCCUUGAGCCACUUUUCAUUUUUUGUCAAGAAUGUAUCAAAUGUACUGGUCACUGCUUGCCAUUUGUUUUUAAAUUUGAACACUGACUUCGGAAAAAUCUUUCCUCGUUUCAGAUAUAGCUCUAACACCGCAGUUAUUCAUUUUUGACAAUUCAGCCUCUAUGAAUAACAAUUUUUCAGAAGAAUUGGCUUCAUUUCCCACAUUUUGGAGCAAUAGAAAUAUUUCCCUACAACUAUACAAUAUAACAUGGACCCUGUGACAUUUUACAGAAAGUAACUAUACUGUUAUGCAUAAAACGCACAGAAAGCAUUAUGGCUGUGAUUGUAUUUCUUCUUUCAGAAAUUUUUAGCUCCUGCGAUAUCACAUCUCAAACUCGAUAUUAAACGAGACAACAAAGGCAUUGGUCAGUCACUUCACUCGCAUUCCGUUUAACUGACAUACCGGCGGCAUAACAAUAAGCCUUGAUUACACCUCAUAUCCCAAUAUUGGUACCAAUGGGCGUAAAUCUCGGAGGGAUUUAAACGAGGCAUAUAACAAAUUUAAUUAAGAUGUUUCACUGGCGCUUUGGGUACUUCAUCUAUGUUUUAACAUAAAUCUUGAGUAGAGUACUAAAUAUUAUUUAUUCAAUAGAUCAAAAUUCCAAAAUCCCACCUCCAGACAAUCUGAUUCAACCCGGGGUCAGUGGUCGCGAACACAUACCAACCACAAACGUUUCCUUCUAUAAUUGUAUGGUACCAAAGACUGCGAUGUAUAUAGUACGGUGUAACCAAGCGUUUGUUCGUAAAUGUGGUUAGUGUGUUGCUCAUACUCUUUUCUAUUGUGUCAGCCAGGUGGUAGCAGAGCUUGCUGAACCUGCCUCGAUGGUGGUAGACAGAUACCGAGCCGACUGUCAACUUUUCGAGACAAUUGGAGAGAGAAGGGCAAGUGCGGAGUGUGUUCAUUAAAUGCGUGUAUGCUUUUUAUCCGUAUUCAGGAUUCAACCAGUUGUGGAAAUUCAAGUGUACAUUCGUAACUAUCGUAUUUUCUAAACCGUCGUUAUUUCGUUCAAUCUUUCUUACGUAAGUUUGCCUUUGUGAGAGUAAUCUUUUUUGUGAAGACUGCCUUCCAAGUAUUGAACGUGCUUUUAAACAAUUGAAAUCGCUCUGUUGAUACUGAAGAAAUCAUUAUUGCUCCCAUGAAAUAAUAUUGACAGUAGUGGUGCCUGAAAAUCUUAUGUGUACGAAUAGUAGUGUUUAAAUAUGUCUGAAAACAGAGAAGAGGUCCUAGCCGAUUUUCAGGCAUGCACUGGUAUUGAAGAUGUUGGAGAAGCAAUUUUACAUUUAGAAGAAACUAAUUGGGAUCUUUUAAGAGCUAUCAAUCGUGUAAUGCCCCAAGAGACCCAGACUUUGCCAUCUGAGAUGGACUCGGAUGUAGAAAUGAUAGAGGAGAUUAAACAGUCACCAUCCAGCCCUGUUAGAGCCAAUCCUGAUGUAGCAGUACUUCCUCUAGGUGGAACAAAUUAUGGAGGUCCCUUUCGAGUUCCUGAUAGUAUGAGUGCUGAUGUUAUUCCACUGCCAUCCACUUCCCAGGGAAAGGACAGCAGGCUUUUACAAUUCCAUGUUCACUUCAGGGAUCGAGUAGUUGAUUUAGAAAUCACAGAUACUGGAACAGUUGGUGAUUUGAAAAAUUUGUUGGCAAUUGAAGUGGGAUUAUUACCAUGUCAACAAAACUUAGAAGGAUGGAAGAGCAAUCCAAAAUCAGAUUCAGUGACAUUAGGAAGUAUGAACUUACCCAAAGAAAAUAUACUCUUUCUAAUGCCUCCAGACUAUGAAGAUGUUGAAUUGCCAACUGAAUCAAGCCUAUCUGAACGUCUGACUCAAACAUAUACAUUAAAUGUGUAUGCUGAUUCUAAGAAAAAAACAUUCAAUUUGAAAUUUCUGGGCUCAAAACCUGUUUUAGAAGUAAAAUCAGAUGUAUACACCUUAACUGAUAUUCCCGUUAGACAUCAAGUGUGGACUGGUUGGCCACCCGAAUUGACUUCCGAUAAAACUACUUUGGCUUGCUCAGGAAUAAAUUAUCCCGUUCAUGAAUUUACAGUCAAAAGAGCGCCGGGAUCAGAACAUACAGGCCGAGAGAAAAGAAAAGUUAUUGUGGAUUUAGUAGAUAGUGACAACAGCUCUGUGGAGGAAUUUGAAGAUGCUUCGGAAACCUUUACUGUGGAAGAUGACAUAUUUGUGGAUGUAGAAACAAAGAAGAUUCAACCUCUUAUUCCAGAUAAUGUGGAAGAUGAGACUGCUGGGUGCAUACACUUUGCUGAUCAAUUUACUCAUCGGUACGGGGAAUGUCACCCAGAAUUCUUCCCUGGUUCUUUGGAUGAUGCUGUCAAAGAAGCUUGUAUGAAACCUGCCAGAGAUAGACGACUUUUGGCAAUCUAUCUACAUCAUGAUGCUAGUGUAUUAACCAAUGUCUUCUGCACGCAGUUACUUGGUUAUGAAUCUGUGUUGCAAUAUCUCAACACUCAUUUUGUGGUGUGGGGUUGGGAUCUCACUCAUGAAUCCAACAAACAAAAGUUUUUAUCUUCAGUUACAAAAACUCUAGGAAAUGUAGCAGCUAUGACAAUUCGAAAUAUAGAUGUUGAAAGAUUACCAGCAUUAAUAAUAAUCAUGAGAAUGCGUUCCACUACAGAGAUUUACACUGUUGUUCACGGAAAUCUGGGUGUGAAUGAGCUUCUGACGAGUCUCAUCCAAGCCGUGGACGUCUUCACAGAACAACAAAGGUUGGAGACUCGUGAAGAGGAGGAACGGGCUGCACGAGAGCUGGUUAAACGUGAGCAAGAUGCAGCCUAUCAACAGUCAUUAGAGGCUGACAGAGCUAAAGAGGAGGCAAAACGUAGGCAAGAGAUGUUAGAGCAACAGGAGACACAAGAACGUGAAAUCCGACGACAAGAGGAAGAACAGCUGAGAGAGGCUCAUCGAUUGGAAGUUCAGUCAAAAUUGCCUCAAGAACCUUCAGAAGAUGGGGGUGAUGAUAUAACUAAAAUUAGAUUUCGUUUGCCGAAAGGGGAGACAAUUGUUCGUCGUUUCAGUGCUGUUACCCCCUUGAAGGUGUUAUUAGAUUUCCUCCUAGUACAAGGGUAUCCCAGCACUGAAUACAAAGUGAUUUCCAGUUGGCCCCGAAGAGAUUUGACUCUCCUGGAUCCAAGCUCUACUCUAUUAGACUUGAAAUUGUGUCCUCAAGAAACUGUUAUUUUAGAAGAACGAUAACUUUAGGUCAUUCUGUUAAGUUUUUAUUAACUUUAUGCUUGGAGUAAUGAUAUAAUACUUUCAUACCCGAUUUCACCACAACUGAUUUUGUCCUUUUUUAUAUGCCGAAGUAUAUUGUUUCAAGAAUGAACAUUAUAUGUACAUAUUACAAUGUGAAUAAAACUUUUCACUUCUAGUAUUAUUUAUUUUCAAGAAACAUGAAUAAUGUAAUUUGUGAAAUUUGCCUCACCUCUGAUGUGAAAGCUGUCUUCUUUAAGUUGGAGCUUUUGUUGGACCCAUUGGACCAGGCAGUGAAACAACUGCAACUCUCUACUAAAGCUGUCAUGUAAUAAAGACAAUGUGAUCACACCAGAUUUUGUGUAUUAAAAUACAUGUACAUUAACCACAUGCAACCUUUCCUAAGAAUAACAU